AACACUUUCAAGAAGCGUCAGAAAAACAACAAGAAGAGUGAAUUCGAUUGAACCGUUUGUUUUGCGAUGUGUUAUAAGAAUUUAGUAUAAUAAUAUAAUGAUUUAUUCUGUUAAAGAAAUUACAAUCUCUUUUAAAUCUGAUUCAUAACAUAUUAUAUUGUAAAAUCGUAGUUAUUCAAUUGGCGUAAUACAUUACAGACGACCGAAAAUAAAUUAAAAAACAGAAGGCGAAAGGUGAAUAACAAAAGCGUAACGUCGCAAACAAAACAUAACCUCAUUUACAAUUGUGGAAAAAGCGGGCGAAGCAAACGUCAAACAUUAGCAUUAGUGUCAGCACCUUCCUUUUGCCUUUGUUGUAGGACUAUCAGAUAGAUAAAUUGGGAAUUAAUAAGAGGUCGCUCCAGAAAAGCUAGCGAAAAUUUCACCGAAAAGGAAGCAAAGUUUUCAUCAUAUAAGAAUGGAAGUGGAUGAUGCCUCUGGCCUAAGAGAUACGCUAUAUGAUCGGGCAGAGUCUCCACGCUGGUUAGCAGAGCACGGCGGUUCUCGUACAGCCAGUCACAUUGAGCAACGUAAUGGUGCAAAGCCUAUUGAGAAAAGCGAAAACGUGGGUGAUUCUUUUGAGGUAGAAUCACAACCAGAAGAAGAUAAUAUUGAAAUGCAUUCCGAUGACAAAAAUGAAGAUGAUUCACUUUAUUCGGAGUCGGCAUUAAAAUUAGAAGUAUCUGGUACGGACGAUGAAGAUAGCAAGGACGGUGGCUUUACGGAACGUCAGCAAUCAACAUUAAAUACUCAAAACAAAGAUAUGAAAAUUGCAAUUAAUAUAUCACUUAAACGUAAACGGUAUGAAAUACAUCACUCAGAAUCUAACGAAUGUUUGUUGGGAUUUGAUGAGCAAAGUGGAGAACCAAAGGUUAUAAAGGCUGACUUAGAAACACUAACGAAAGUUGCAAAUGUUAAAAAUGAACAAAAAGGAGGUCUAACUACUAUUUCUCGAAGCAGUAAAAAAAUGAAACAAAUUUCAAAUGCUUCCCCAGCACGAACUUCACCGGGAUUACAAGUAGCGAAAGAUCCGUCAUCAGUAAAGGUGUGUGAAGAAAAACAACUUAAAAAAGAAGAAAACUAUCCGGAGGGGCAUUCCGGGCAUAUAGUGGCCGAUAAUGAAGAAACUGAAAGUCAUAUUACAAAAACUACUAACUUGGAAACAGUUUCCGCAACACCAAGUAGUAUAGGUAUUAGCAAAAAGCCAAUGUCCGCUCAAAAUGAUUUCUAUAAAAAACCUUUUGAUUACGGUUGGAAACGUGAAUUAGUCUGGCGUGCAAAUAUAGAAUCAAGUAAAGAUAAAGCUGAUGUGUAUUUUAUAUCGCCUGGUGGUAAAAAAUUGCGAACAAGGAGUGAUAUAUUGCCUUUAUUAGAGGGUGAUCUAACUAUAGAUCAUUUCAGUUUCGCCCGAGAGCCCCUUGGCGUUGGCCCGGAAUUCGAAACUGUGCGCAGUGCAAAGCCGUCUUCACGGGUUUCAGCAGCGGCCGCAACAAUCGCUGCAGCACCCACACCUAAUAUUGGUAAAAGAAUUUCGAAGCCUAAGGGUCCAAAAGGAGCUAGUCCGCCUCCACAAGGGUGGACACCAACAAGAGCGCUUAAAGUGAAUAACGCGUUGCUUAGUGGUACUGGUUCGAGCAGAUACAUCACAAAUUCGACUCCGGGUACGCCUCCAAGUAGCCGACAUGCCAGUUCCAGUAGUGGUACAAGUCAUAAAAGUAGUAAAAUAAGGAAGGGAUCUGUCACUACGAAUGUGACUACCGCAACAUAUCAGACGAACGCAGGAUCAGUCAAUAAUACCAAAUCAAUUUCAACACUUGAACCAUGCACAAUAAAAUGUUCAAGAGCAACGGGACUAGUUCCGCAACUAAAAUGUGUAAAAUGCCUCUGUCUAUUCCACCAUGAGUGUGUCGGAUUAAAUCGCUCAAAUAGUGAAUAUCGUAUUGCUGGAGAAGGCAUUUCUCAAACGAAAGGACGUGAAUAUAUUUGUGAGGCUUGCACACCAGUUACAGAUGUAUCUUCUGCAACAAAAGUAGUAACACGUAAGCCAUCAAACGCUCGCCCUAUACGUCCUGAAAACAAGUACCCUCAAACAAUUGCUGUAGUAAAAGGAAAAAAGUAUGUGAUGGUUGCCAAACCAAUUUCUUCCACAACUGAGCAUGCCAACGAUAUCGAAAAUGAUUUGAAACAAAUUAAUGAAAGCAUCCGGAACAAUCGUAAAACAUCCACAGUUUCAUUAGAUCCACCUGUUCAAACUCUAGGUAUUUCACCUACCCAAACAUCAUUAGAUCAAUCAAACAAAGCUUUUGCUACAAACUUUUUUGCGAAUGUAUCUUUUGCCUAUGACGCAUUACUCUGCAUCCUGAAGUACUUGAAAAUUCAUGAACGUCCACGUGCAGCUUCAGUGUGUAAACUGUGGAAUCUCGCUGCAAAAGAUACAUCUUUAUGGCAAACAGUUCGCAUGAAAAACUCAAGAGUCAGCAGUUGGGCGGGAUUUGCUGCUGCUUUACGCCGAGGCGAAACAAAACAUCUGGACCUUAGAAAAAUGUUGGUAUCUAGCACACGCGGUGAAGAAAUGUGGCAAGAAUUUUCUGAACAUAUUGGAACUGUCUUCUCAUUGGAAAUUAUCGAUUUAUGCCGUUGCUCAGCCCGUAUUAUUGAAAGUUUAUUUCAAAGCAACAAAAACCUACGCAUUUUAAAUGCCGUUGCCAUUAAUGAUGAUUCUAUAAAUCUUGAGCACAUUGGAAUGCUAACUAGACUCGAAGAGUUACGUCUCCGCACAUGUGAACCAGGUGUUAUUUCGGGAAAUUUACAAUCGCUACAAUCAUUAAAAAAACUAAACCAGUUAUCUUUAACUGCUGUGCGUGAGUUGGGUUCCAAAGGUGUCGAAGUCCUUGGUGAGCUUGUGAAUUUACGUUCUUUGGAAUUAGGAGAAUGCGGUGAUUUUGAUUCUACAUUCGCAAAGGUUGUACUUCCUAAAUUAAAAAAUCUACGGCGCUUACGUCUAGAAAAUGGACAGGAGACGAGCUGUUGUACGCUGGAAAUACUAGACGCUGUCGCACAACUUAAAGAACUUUCACAACUUGAACUUGUCAACUUCGAUAUUAAAGCUGGAUUCGAUGAAAAAUUACAACUGUGUACCAACCUUCGGAAGCUUCUUAUCAUUCCGACAUAUAUAUCACAGUCAGCGACCACGAAUCAUAUAGUUUUGAACGCUGUCCAACAAGUGGCUUCUACACUGAAAGUUUUUACAUGGGGUGUGACGGUUGAGCUCUUACGCGUUACCGCUUUGUACGUUGAUCAGUGUGAAGAAUCAACUAAAAAAGAGAAACAUCAUUUUGAUGAAUGUAUUCCGGUACUGAAACCAGUGCCAGGUGCACUUACUGCUGACGAUGAAGAUGAUGAUGAAGAAAGGGAAAAACCGAAAGAGGAGCCAGUGCCAAGCGAUGUUCCACAAAUUGAAAUAUUACCGUUAGAUAAGGUGGAGUUUAUUCUCGCAGAAAAUUUACCGAAAACCAAAUUCACAAUCGUUAAAGUACCGUACCAUGCAACAUGUAAACAGCAACUUGUUGAAUGAGAGCUUAACUAACAACAGAAAAAGAGCGCUCCCAACUUUUAUACGAUUAAAAUAAGGUUUAUUAUAUUAGAAAAUCGGGUUGAUAAUACUUCCGAACAUCGCCUGUAUCUAUAUUAUAAUUUACCAGCAAAUUAAAAAGUUCGAUCUGUAAAGCCAAUUCAUAAUAUUCGCGUGUACAGAAUAUGCAGUUAUUUCCUUUUUUAUUUCAUUUCAGUUGUUAAUUUAAAAGAGUUGUUAAUGAUUGGGAGGAAAAAUAUGUAUAUUGGCUUUAAAAUGGACUUCGUAUAAAUAAAUUUAAGAUUGCGCUACUCUAAGCAAUGAACUCUAGCUUGAAAUUCCCACAUACUACAUUCACACACGUUUGCAGAUUUAAGCUGCUAAUGUUAUUGUAGCUAAGCAA